CAACAGGUCUUAGGCGAUCGCACAGUUCUUUCUGCACCGUUGAGGUGGCAGGUCGCGAAAAAUUAUUAACUCUUCCUUUUUCUCUGGAAAUUAAGUUUCUCCUGCCGCUGUGUUGAUACCUUGAUACCAACAUGGGUGACAUGUUCCGCAGCGAACAGAUGGCCCUGUGCCAGCUGUUCAUCCAGCCGGAGGCAGCCUACGCCUCCAUUGCCGAGCUGGGCGAGAGUGGAUGCGUCCAGUUCCGCGACCUAAACGAAGAUGUCAGUGCCUUUCAGCGCAAAUACGUCAACGAGGUGCGAAGGUGCGAUGACAUGGAGCGUCGCCUCCGGUACAUGGAGUCUGAGAUGAAGAAGGACGAACUGACGCUGCCCGAACUGAGGCCCGAGGAUGAACCAAGUGCUCCAAAUCCACGCGAGAUCGUGGAUCUCGAGGCUCAACUGGAGAAGACCGACAACGAGCUGCGCGAAAUGUCCGCCAAUGGGGCCAGUCUGAAUGCCAACUUCCGGCACAUGCAGGAACUCAAGAACGUGCUGGAGAACACCGAAGGCUUCUUCUCUGACCAUGAAGUCAUCAACCUGGACUCCAACCGUAAAGUGGACCCUAACGAUCCAGCCCAGGUGCAGGGAGGCGCCCAGCGCGGUGAACUGGCCUUCGUGGCCGGCGUGAUCAAGCUGGAAAGAUUCUUCAGUUUCGAGCGCAUGCUGUGGCGCAUCUCCAGGGGAAAUAUCUUCCUGCGAAGAGCCGACAUUGAUGGUCUUGUAGAAGAUGAAGAGACGGGACGGCCCGUUCUGAAGACCGUCUUUGUGGCCUUUUUCCAGGGCGAACAACUGAAGCAGAGGAUCAAGAAGGUCUGCACUGGAUACCAUGCCUCCGUCUAUCCCUGUCCCAGCUCCCAUGCCGAGCGAACGGAGAUGAUCAAGGAUGUGAACGUGCGUCUGGAGGAUCUCAAGCUGGUCCUCAGCCAGAGUGCCGAUCACCGCAGCCGGGUGCUAAACUCUGCCUCGAAGCACAUGCCCCGCUGGUCGAUCAUGGUGCGUAAGAUGAAGGCCAUCUACCACAUCCUCAACUACUUCAAUCCGGACGUGACGGGCAAGUGCCUGAUUGGCGAGGGUUGGGUGCCCACCAACGAUAUUCAGACCGUGCAGAAUGCCCUGGCCCGGGCCUCCAAGAUCUCGGAGAGCUCCAUUCCGGCCUUCAUGAAUGUCAUCGAGACGAACGAACAGCCGCCGACUUAUACGCGGACCAAUAAGUUCACCAGUGGCUUCCAGAACUUGGUGGACUCGUAUGGCAUGGCCUCUUACAGGGAGGUGAAUCCCGCUCUGUAUGCCUGCAUCACUUUCCCCUUCCUGUUCGCCGUGAUGUUUGGUGAUUUGGGACACGGUCUGAUCCUGCUGCUCUUUGCCGCCUGGCUGAUCAUCAAGGAGAAGCAAUUGGCUUCGAUCAAGGAGGAAAUCUUCAACAUAUUCUUCGGCGGCCGCUACAUCAUCUUCCUCAUGGGUAUCUUCUCCAUUUAUACGGGCUUCAUCUACAACGAUGUGUUCUCCAAAUCGAUGAACAUCUUCGGUUCCGGCUGGCACAUGAACUAUACAAGGGCAGUCAUCGAGGAUCCUACCCUGAAGUCCAUAACCCUUAGGCCCAACGAUACGGUCUAUAAGACCUAUCCCUUUGGUAUGGAUCCCAUUUGGCAGCUAGCCGACAACAAGAUCAUUUUCCUCAACACCUUCAAGAUGAAGCUGUCCAUCAUUGUUGGCGUGCUGCACAUGAUUUUCGGCGUCUGCAUGUCGGUGGUUAACUUUGUUUACUACCGAAAGUAUGCCAGCAUCUUCCUGGAGUUUCUUCCCCAGGUUCUCUUCCUUAUGCUGCUCUUCGGCUACAUGGUCUUCAUGAUGUUCUUCAAGUGGGUUGUAUACAAUGACACUGUCGAAGGACCUCUCUCGCCAGCAUGUGCUCCCUCUAUUCUGAUCCUGUUCAUCAACAUGAUACUCCAAGGCUCUCAAGAUACACCCGAGCCCUGCGAGGAGUUUAUGUUCGACGGUCAGAAGACACUGCAACAGAUCUUCGUGAUCGUGGCAGUGAUAUGUAUUCCCUGGAUGCUUCUGGGAAAACCACUUUACAUUAUGAUCCAGCGCAAAAUCAGCGGAGCUCCGCCACCAAAGCCAGCGGGCGAAGGAGGCGGCGGUGGUCAUGGCGACGACGAGCCCAUGAGCGAGAUCUUCAUCCAUCAGGCCAUCCACACGAUUGAGUACGUGCUGAGUACGGUUUCGCACACGGCCUCCUACCUUCGAUUGUGGGCCUUGUCCCUGGCCCAUGCACAGCUCUCUGAGGUGCUGUGGAACAUGGUGUUCUCCAUGGGCUUUAAUUCCGAUAACUACAUCGGCUCCAUCAUGAUCUAUAUAUUCUUUGGGGCCUGGGCAGGGCUCACUGUCGGCAUCCUGGUGCUCAUCGAAGGACUCUCGGCCUUCCUUCACACACUGCGCUUGCACUGGGUGGAAUUCAUGAGCAAAUUCUAUGAGGGCGCUGGUUACGCCUUUGAGCCCUUCGCCUUUAAGACCAUCCUGGAUGUCAGCGAGGAUGACUAGGGAGGAGUAAGGACAGGAGAGAAUGAGAAUGCGCAGGACGCACUUCCCCCAAAAAGCAUUUUCCGUUUAUUUCGUUUCGCAUCCUUCGUUUUUUUGCACGGAAAAAAUAAAUUUCGUUUGAUAUGCAUAUUGAA